UAAGUGCCGCUUCCAACCAAUCAAGAGGCAGUUAGCGCAGACCUUUGAGGGACAUCCACUUCCACCAAUGAUCUUCAAGUCUUCUCCAGCGCCUCGCUUUGUGGGGCGAGGCCAACCACCGCGAUGGCCAAUCUGUUGUAGGAAAGGUAUUCCGGGAACUGAUGAGCGCACCAAUCAGGUAAAAAGACGUCGGGGAGGAGCAUUUCUCAUUGGUAAUUGCGUCCGGAAGAGGGACGGGCCUCGAACGACGAGAUUACGAUUUGAUUGGUAGGUGCGAUGUUGACAACCAGGGAAAGUCCACCUUUCCCAACAAGGCCAGCCUGGGAACAUGGAGUGACAGCGGCCGCAGCCAAUGAGCGAGCAGACGCGCGGAAAGUUUGCUCAAUGGGCGAUGUCCGAGAUAGGCUGUCACUCAGGUGGCAGCGGCAGAGGCCGGGCUGAGACGUGGCCAGGGGAACACUGCUGGCUGUCCGGGCCGUCGGGGCGGCGGUAGGGUCCCUAGCACGUCCUUGCCCUCUUGGGAGCUCCAAGCGGCGGAAGAGGCAGGCGUCAGUGGCUGCGCCUCCAUGCCUGCGCGCGGGGCGGGCCGCUGAUGGAGCGCGCCAUCAGCCCGGGGCUGCUGGUACGGGCGCUGCUGCUGCUGCUGCUGGGGUUCGCGGCAAGGACGGUGGCCGCGGGGCGCGCCCGUGGCCUCCCAGCGCCGACGGCGGAGGCGGCGUUCGGCCUCGGGGCGGCCGCUGCUCCCACCUCAGCGACGCGAGUACCGGCGGCGGGCGCCGUGGCUGCGGCCGAGGUGACUGUGGAGGACGGUGAGGCGCUGCCGGCAGCCGCGGGCGAGCAGGAGCCGCGGGGUCCUGAACCAGACGAUGAGACAGAGUUGCGACCGCGCGGCAGGUCAUUAGUAAUUAUCAGCACUUUAGAUGGGAGAAUUUCUGCCUUGGAUCCUGAAAAUCAUGGUAAAAAGCAGUGGGAUUUGGAUGUGGGAUCCGGUUCCUUGGUGUCAUCCAGCCUUAGCAAACCAGAGGUAUUUGGGAAUAAGAUGAUCAUUCCUUCCCUGGAUGGAGACCUCUUCCAGUGGGACCGAGACCGUGAGAGCAUGGAAACAGUUCCUUUCACAGUUGAAUCACUUCUUGAAUCUUCUUAUAAAUUUGGAGAUGAUGUUGUUUUGGUUGGAGGAAAAUCUCUCACUACAUAUGGACUCAGUGCAUAUAGUGGAAAGGUGAGGUAUAUCUGUUCAGCUCUGGGUUGUCGCCAAUGGGAUAGUGAUGAAAUGGAACAAGAGGAAGACAUCCUGCUUCUACAGCGUACCCAAAAAACUGUUAGAGCUGUUGGACCUCGCAGUGGCAAUGAGAAGUGGAAUUUCAGUGUUGGCCACUUUGAACUUCGGUAUAUUCCAGACAUGGAAACGAGAGCCGGAUUUAUUGAAAGCACCUUUAAGCCCAAUGAGAACACAGAAGAGUCUAAAAUUAUUUCAGAUGUGGAAGAACAGGAAGCUGCCAUAAUGGACAUAGUGAUAAAGGUUUCGGUUGCUGACUGGAAAGUUAUGGCAUUCAGUAAGAAGGGAGGACAUCUGGAAUGGGAGUACCAGUUUUGUACUCCAAUUGCAUCUGCCUGGUUACUUAAGGAUGGGAAAGUCAUUCCCAUCAGUCUUUUUGAUGAUACAAGUUAUACAUCUAAUGAUGAUGUUUUAGAAGAUGAAGAAGACAUUGUAGAAGCUGCCAGAGGAGCCACAGAAAACAGUGUUUACUUGGGAAUGUAUAGAGGCCAGCUGUAUCUGCAGUCAUCAGUCAGAAUUUCAGAAAAGUUUCCUUCAAGUCCCAAGGCUUUGGAAUCUGUCAAUAAUGAAAACGCAAUUAUUCCUUUGCCAACAAUCAAAUGGAAACCCUUAAUUCAUUCUCCUUCCAGAACUCCUGUCUUGGUAGGAUCUGAUGAAUUUGACAAAUGUCUCAGUAAUGAUAAGUUUUCUCAUGAAGAAUAUAGUAAUGGUGCACUUUCAAUCUUGCAGUAUCCAUAUGAUAAUGGUUAUUAUCUACCAUACUACAAGAGGGAAAGGAACAAACGAAGCACACAGAUUACAGUCAGAUUCCUCGACAACCCAAAUUACAACAAGAAUAUCCGCAAAAAGGAUCCUGUUCUUCUCUUACACUGGUGGAAAGAAAUAGUUGCAACAAUUUUGUUUUGUAUCAUAGCAACAACGUUUAUUGUGCGCAGGCUUUUCCAUCCUCAUCCUCACAGGCAAAGGAAGGAGUCAGAAACUCAGUGUCAAACUGAAAAUAAAUAUGAUUCUGUAAGUGGUGAAGCCAAUGACAGUAGCUGGAAUGACAUAAAAAACUCUGGAUAUAUAUCACGAUAUCUAACUGAUUUUGAGCCAAUUCAAUGCCUGGGACGUGGUGGCUUUGGAGUUGUUUUUGAAGCUAAAAACAAAGUAGAUGACUGCAAUUAUGCUAUCAAGAGGAUCCGUCUCCCCAAUAGGGAAUUGGCUCGGGAAAAGGUAAUGCGAGAAGUUAAAGCCUUAGCCAAGCUUGAACACCCAGGCAUUGUUAGGUAUUUCAAUGCCUGGCUUGAAGCACCACCAGAGAAGUGGCAAGAAAAGAUGGAUGAAAUUUGGCUGAAAGACGAAAGCACAGACUGGCCACUCAGCUCUCCUAGCCCAAUGGAUGCACCAUCAGUUAAAAUACGCAGAAUGGAUCCUUUCUCUACAAAAGAACAUACUGAAAUCAUAGCUCCUUCACCACAAAGAAGCAGGUCUUUUUCAGUAGGGAUUUCCUGUGACCAGACAAGUUCAUCUGAGAGCCAGUUCUCACCACUGGAAUUCUCAGGAAUGGACCAUGAGGACACCAGUGAGUCAGUGGAUGCAGCAUACAACCUCCAGGACAGUUGCCUUACAGACUGUGAUGUGGAAGAUGGUACUAUGGAUGGCAAUCAUGAGGGGCACUCCUUUGAACUUUGUCCUUCUGAAGCUUCUCCUUAUGUAAGGUCAAGGGAGAGAACCUCCUCUUCAAUAGUAUUUGAAGAUUCUGGCUGUGAUAAUGCUUCCAGUAAAGAAGAGCCGAAAACUAAUCGAUUGUAUAUUGGCAACCAUUGUGCUAAUAAACUAACUGCUUUCAAGCCCACCAGUAGCAAAUCUUCUGAAGCUACAUUGUCUAUUUCUCCUCCGAGACCAACCACUUUAAGUUUAGAUCUCACUAAAAACACCACAGAAAAACUCCAGCCCAGUUCACCAAAGGUGUAUCUUUACAUUCAAAUGCAGCUGUGCAGAAAAGAAAACCUCAAAGACUGGAUGAAUGGACGAUGUACCAUAGAGGAGAGAGAGAGGAGCAUGUGUCUGCACAUCUUCCUGCAGAUCGCAGAGGCAGUGGAGUUUCUUCACAGUAAAGGACUGAUGCACAGGGACCUCAAGCCAUCCAACAUAUUCUUUACAAUGGAUGAUGUGGUCAAAGUUGGAGACUUUGGGUUAGUGACUGCAAUGGACCAGGAUGAGGAAGAGCAGACGGUUCUGACACCAAUGCCAGCUUAUGCCAGACACACAGGACAAGUAGGGACCAAACUGUAUAUGAGCCCAGAGCAGAUUCAUGGAAACAGCUAUUCUCAUAAAGUGGACAUCUUUUCUUUAGGCCUGAUUCUAUUUGAAUUGCUGUACCCAUUCAGCACUCAGAUGGAGAGAGUCAGGACCUUAACUGAUGUAAGAAAUCUCAAAUUUCCACCAUUAUUUACUCAGAAAUAUCCUUGUGAGUAUGUGAUGGUUCAAGACAUGCUCUCUCCAUCCCCUAUGGAACGACCUGAAGCUACAAACAUCAUUGAAAAUGCUGUAUUUGAGGACUUGGACUUUCCAGGAAAAACAGUGCUCAGACAGAGGUCUCGCUCCUUGAGUUCAUCGGGAACAAAACAUUCAAGACAGUCCAACAACUCCCAUAGCCCUUUGCCAAGCAAUUAGCCUUAAGUUGUGCUAGCAACCCUAAUAGGUGACACAGAUAAUAGCCUACUUCUUAGAACAUGCCUGUCGAAAAUUGCAGACUUGAAAAGUUUGUUCUUUGCUCAAUUUUCUUGUGGACUACUUUUUUUUAUAUCAAAUUUAAGCUGGAUUUGGGGGCAUAACCUAAUGUGAGCCAACUCUUGAGUUUUGCUAUACAUAAGGAAAGGGCUAUCUUUGUCCUUUGUUAGUCUCUUGAAACUGGCUGCUGGCCAAGCUUUAUAGCCCUCACCAUUUGCCUAAGGAGGUAGCGGCAAUGCCUAAUAUAUAUAUAGUGAGAACUAAAAUGGAUAUAUUUUUAUAAUACAGAAGGAAAGUCCCCCUAUGUGAUAACUGUAUUGUUCUAGAAAUAUGCUUUCUAGAGAUAUGAUGAUUUUGAAACUGAUUUCUAGAAAAAGCUGACUCCAUUUUUGUCCCUGGCGGGUAAAUUAGGAAUCUGCACUAUUUUGGAGGACAAGUAGCACAAACUGUAUAACGGUUUAUGUCCAUAGUUUUAUAGUCCUAUUUGUAGCAUUCAAUAGCUUUAUUCCUUAGAUGGUUCUAGGGUGGGUUUAGAGCUUUUUGUACUUUUACCUCCAAUAAAGGGAAAAUGAAGCUUUUUAUGUAAAUUGGUUGAAAGGUCUAGUUUUGGGAGGAAAAAAGCCGUAUUAAGAAAUGGAUCAUAUAUAUUACAACUAACUUCUUCAACUAUGGACUUUUUAAGCCUAAUGAAAUCUUAAGUGUCUUAUAUGUAAUCCUGUAGGUUGGUACUUCCCCCAAACUGAUUAUAGGUAACAGUUUAAUCAUCUAACUUGCUAACAUGUUUUUAUUUUUCACUGUAAAUAUGUUUAUGUUUUAUUUAUAAAAAUUCUGAAAUCAAUCCAUUUGGGUUGGUGGUGUACAGAACACACUUAAGUGUGUUAACUAUUGUGACUUCUUUCAAGUCUAAAUGAUUUAAUAAAACUUUUUUUAAAUUAA